GCUACAAAGUGUUAGCCAACCUAGACAGAAAGGUGUCACCUUUUUGUGUAAUGCUAGUCGCAAUGUAAAACCGCAUGUUUAGAGAAGUAGCUAAUCCGGCAACAUUAAGGCUUUACUAUUUGGUUUGGACGCAGACGACGACUAAAUUGAAGGUAACGUUGUAUGUUUUCGACAGCUAGCUUAUUGCUUUAGGUGACGGUAGUGAAGCUAUAACAUUAGCCAACAAUCGUCAAGGAGCGACCCUUUUCAUGAACGUGUUGUUCAAAACAAAUGCCAACACCACUGGGUUAUUUCACCCAGUAAGGGGAGUAGAAGCGCACGGCAUCAAAUGAAAGGUGGUGGAGGUGGAACUUGACCCAUCCAACUGAGUCACCAUUUUCCUGCACACAAUGGGUUUGGUGGCUCCAUUGUAUGCAUGACUUGUUUUGUGUGGCCUGAUGGGAGUAUACUGUGGAUAGUACUUUCAUCAGGAUACGAGGAGAGCCAUCCCAUGCCACCACUUUGGAGGGCCUUUCAGAAUGAAGAAGAUAAGCCUUAAGACCAUCCGCAAGUCCCUCAGCAUAAAGGGCAAAGAGGAGGGGGACUUUGUCAUGCUCCAGCAGCCCUCAGUGACCACAGAGUUUUCUAAGGAAGAGUCACUUUUUGGGGGCUGCUACACCAAAGACCUUUCAGGUUGUGAUCUUGGUGGCGAAGAGGACAAAGGCCAGAACAAGGGUCGCUCCAAGAGUGAGAGCCUGAUGGGAUCACUAAAGAGAAGGCUGUCUGCCAAGCAAAAGGCAAAGGUGAAAGGUGGCUCCUCUGCCAUAGGCUCAGUGGAUGAUGAUGACACCUUCUCAUCCAAUUCUGUACCCAUUAGCUUCAAUGAGGUGAAAGCCCAGAGACCCCUGAGAUCUGCAUCACUACGGAGUCACCAUUACAGCCCCUCACCAUGGCCUCUGCGGUCAGUGAACUCAGAUGAGGCGUGUAUCAAAAUGGAGGUAAAAGUUAAAGCCAUGGUUCACUCUCCUAGUCCUAGUCCCAAUUUAAAUGGUGUCAGGAAAGAAUUUCAUGAUUUCCAGAUGGAAGGGCUCUUUCAGGACCAAGCGGAAUCAUUAAAGAAUCUCCAGCAGCCACAAAACGGAGAGCUCCAUCUAAAUAUUGAUGAAAAUGAUGUGCCUGUGGUGCUGGGGUUGACACCCCAGGACUACAUCCAGUACACAAUGCCUUUAGAUGAGGGAAUGUACCCGGAAGGGUCCCACUCCUUCUGCCUGGACAGCUCCUCUCCUAUGGAGGUGGUGGCUGAGGCAGACAAUGGGUCCCUCCACACAGACCAGGGACAGGAGGAACAUGAACUAGUUAGUGGGAUGCCACCAGAUCUUUUCAUGGAAACCUCAGUGAAUGGUCUUCUCAUCGGUUCUGCUGGUGUGAUGCUCCAAAGCUCAAGAGUAGAGGUCCCACCUCCCCUCUCUCCUCUCCUGCCGCCCAUGAUAAGUAAUGGACAUAUCCCCAGGACUUUUUCGGGGUUCAGCUCUUCAGACAGCCAGGUAGCCGAGAGGGUAAGACACCACCUUAACUUCGACCCAAAUUCCGCUCCUGGAGUCAGUCGGGUUUAUGAUUCAGUCCAGAGCAGUGGGCCCAUGGUUGUGACCAGUCUGACAGAGGAGCUGAAGAAGCUGGCGAGACAGGGUUGGUACUGGGGCCCAAUUACACGCUGGGAGGCAGAGGAAAAGCUGGUCAACUUGGCUGAUGGCUCAUUCCUGGUCAGAGACAGCUCAGAUGACAGGUACCUGCUCAGCCUGAGUUUCAGGUCACAGGGCAAAACUCUCCACACCCGCAUUGAACACUCCAAUGGACGCUUCAGCUUCUAUGAGCAGCCUGAUGUGGAGGGACACACGUCCAUUGUUGACUUAAUCGAACACUCUAUCAAAGACUCAGAGAAUGGAGCUUUUUGCUAUUCCAGGUCUCGCUUACCAGGGUCUGCAACCUACCCUGUCAGACUAACCAACCCAGUAUCUCGGUUUAUGCAAGUGCGCUCCCUGCAGUACCUUUGUCGCUUUGUCAUUAGACAAUACACGAGGAUAGACCUCAUUCAGAAACUUCCCUUACCUAACAAGAUGAAAGAUUACCUGCAGGAGAAGCACUACUGAGGACACAGACAGGACAGUGGUAGCAAUUUGCACUUUUGUGUUCAGUUAAGAGAUUUAAACAAGGUUUACAGACAACCAUAGUUUUGAGAUGAUUGGUUCUGGUGGCUCUUGAUUUGUGUCCAGGUGACUCUGUCACUGUUUAGUCCUCCAUUCCACUGUUCUGGGGUUUUAAGCUGGUUUUAGGAGGCUCUGUUUGCAGAGACAAAGGCCAACAGAUAAUCUAUUGCAAAAAAUAUAGCAGAGGUGUACAGUCAAGCUAUCCUAAUUGCAUACAUAAAUUGCAGACAUAAGGCAUGCAUUGAAAUGUAUGGUGAAGUGUAAUACCCAGCUGUGCAAGAUGAGCAGGUUUUAAAUCUUCAUUAAAUUUGGGCAUGUGAAAAAAUACAGUUCUAAAUUUCACAUUGGCGAACAUGAGAACGCAUUCAAUUUUCCCUAAAUUGUACAUUUCAAAGAUGAUUUCAAGAAUUUAAUAGCAUUAGUAAACUUAAAUCUUUGUCCUUUUUUAAAAGAGUACUCCACUGAUUUUGCAUUGCGUGGCUAUAAAACUAAUUUAAAAAUGUAUGCAGCAGAGCUAGAUAUCUUCUUUUUUUUGUCCUCCACACUUUCUUCUUCCUUUUCAUAACCUGACAUCUACAUUACUCACAGUCCAACUAGACCACUGACAGUUCUGUCAGAGACACGUGUGUGCUAUCCUUUUUUUCCAACUCUGCACACAGAAUUUAUUUUUUUAAUUUUCAAAUUAGUUUUCUUCAGACUCACCUCGAAUGACAUCAUUUGAAGCAAAAUUCAUCAGACUUUGUGCAGCCCUCUGGAGCCACAAAAGGCUUUAUACAGUCCCCCCACCCCACCCACACACACACACACACACAUGCAGUACUAAUCCCUGUGACCUGUGAAAAGACUUUAAUGUGUAAAAUCGGUGGAGUUACCCUUUUAGUUCUUUGCAGACGUACCAAUUUUGAUCAUCUUUUGCAUUUUAUUGCUUGUUGGAUUAUGUAUCAUUACCAUCUUUCUCAACCUCCUUUAAACUUCACACUAUGUCAUUAGUUAAAUAGCAAGCCAACCUGUGAUUUUCACAUCCACUUGAAGAAAAUACUCACUUACACUUGAAUAUGCAUUCAUCAUGUAACUAGAUUUUUGCUUAUUGGCUAACUUAACUAUCUAUUCAAUGGAUGCAGUUUAAUCACACAGCAUCUUUAGACACUAUUGUUAAGAUCUGGAUUUCACUCGACAGUUGUAACACUUACCAAAACAAGAAAACAAGAAAAGCACCCUGAUAAAUCUAUUUCAAAGUCACAAGGGUGACUCGGGUCCAUGAUAUAAGUCUUUUGUAGCAAAAGUGGUCCAAAAUUCACCAGUCUGUCAGAAGUAUUAAACAGUUUGUUCAGAGAAAAAGCUUUAAAAUUGUAUGGCUGCAUGUAGCCAUUGUAUAAUACGCAAGCCUAAAGGUACUGAUAAUGCUGGAUUUUCAUGUUGUGUUGUUUGUAGAAACAGCAUUAAGUUGAUGUAUAGACCUUUUUAGAAAAUAUAAGUUAACACUAAAGUAAAUCUUUCUGCAUUAGGAAUGUUACAAAAACUGCACUGCAGCUCAGGCCUAACAACUUUGUCACUAUCUGUAAUGCUUGUAUCCGCAUGUAGUAAAGGCUUUAAGACUGCCCAUUAAGGGCACUUGACUUGAUCUAAAUGAGAGAAGAUGUCACACAGUAAAACGCUAAAAGAUUUUGGCUGUGUUGUUUUAAGUGCAACUCUGAGUAAAAGGCUGUUUAAUGCACAAUUGCAUUCAACUUAGACAGUUUAUUUGUAAAGAAAAUUGCCCUCAAUUACCCUUCAACUUAAACGGACCGCCAGUCAAUUGACCUGAAUCUGUACGUAGAGACGGCUGUUUCUUAGUCUUUUAAUGCCAGCAAUGAGCUGGACCCAGAUCAAAGGAAUCUCAAAAAUGAGUGGUGGUGUGAGCUUAGGUAAACGGAUUUGGGAAAGCCAGGGUUAAGUCCUCCUUGCCAUCUCGGAGUGAUGCCAAGGUCUCAGCAUAUGACAAAAGUCUCAUCAGAACUGCAUGGCAUCAGAAGUGUAAUAUGGGUUUGAAGGACUUUAAAAAUGUAUUUUUUAUUUUUUUAAAGCAUACAAUUUUUGCCAUUGUCCCCACAGAGCUCUACCACCCCACAGAUUGUCUCUCUACUGGGCUGUUUGUACCAGAGUAAAGGGAAGAGCACACAGUAUGCUACGCAAGUGCUUUAUAUGGAUACUUUGACAGGGAAUUGUGUUUUCACAUUAUGAAUGAGCUUCUUUUUUGACAUCAGUGUCCUUAAAAGUAUUUGGAAAUGGUCUCUCGGACAACUUUGGUAGGUCGUUAGCGCAUAGUUCUAGUUUUAGUUAGCUGGAAAAAUGUUUGUCUGUUACCAUGAAUCUAGCACAGCAGAAAUUAGAUAGGAACUUUGACUGGUGUUGCAUGUUUAAAGUCUUAGCAUUUUAAAGCUUUGAGUUGUAUAGGAAUGAAGGGUCUAGGUUGUGUUUGGCUGUGUAGAGGGAUGUUUUUUCUGUCACAAACAUUGGCUGGACAUUCUGUGUACAAGAAAUGUAUUUUGCUUUUUAGAAUCCUUUAGUGAGUUGUUUUUUUUUGUGACAUUUGCCAUCUGGGGGAUGGGGCUGUUCAAAAGGAAUGUACGCUUGUUUGAGGUGUCCAUUUUAUCUGCUUGCAGACCAGUUUCAGAAAGCAUGAGAAUCAUAAAAACUCCAUUGAACCGUUUUUGCACUUGAACAUUCUCCAUUCACAUGCUUGGAUCCUCUCCUACCUAUAGUUGUCCUUCAGAUGGCGGUUUAAAAAAAAAAAGAAAUAAAGUCACACAUUUGUCCUUAUCUGUUCAUGUAACUGUUUAGAUGAAAUCAAGAUUGUUUUUUUUUUUUGGUCAUAUCUGGGAUAUAAAGGGUAAAGGCACCAGCAUCAUAUCAAAGCCUCUGCUUAUGCUCACGGGCUGUCAAGGAAUGGGAUCAUGGCAAGAAUGUGGAUGUAAAUUAGAUUUUACUCCUUUCUUUUGGCUGUGUAUGUGUUGAAAUGUAAAAGUAAAAUGUUAGUCUUUUUAAUACAAUGUUCUUUUUAAUAGUAUUUCCAUAUUUUUAAUUUGCAAUUUGUCAUCACAUUUUGACAAGCAGGAACCAGUUUCAUAUGGUGUUGCUGCUGUGACUUUUCUAAAUACUUAUUUAGUUUUAAGCAUUAUUGCCUUCAAUGUUUGAUUCCAGAGGUUGAUGCUUGUUCAGACUUUUGAAGCAUUUUGAAUUAAUAACAGCUGUUAAGCACUUAACAAGCUCCAACGGUUUUUUUCUUUCUUUUUCUUUUUUUUUUGUGCAUCUCAGUGAGUGAAGGUGAUUGUUUACAGCAUUAUGUUUGGAAAUGCCCCUCCCCUUCCCUUAUUUUGUUUACCUUCUCUCACAUGAACAUUUUGGUACAAUUUGAAGACUCUUUAUUUCAUUUUAAUGUGUUAUACACAUUUGUGCUGCUUAUGGAUAUGAUUGCCUUUCUUGUAUUUAACAAUGGGGAAAUAGAAUGUCACCAAUUUUAGAUGUAUGUACACAUAAUGACUUUGGUUAUCAUCUUGGGAGAGCAAAGCAGAUUUGCAACUUGUUAACAACUGUGUAGUCAGUUAAAAGAGCAUUAGUAGCGAUUAGUAAACCCUCUGUAGAAUUACCAGUUCACUCCAGUUUACAUUGGUUGUCAACUGUCAACUUUCCAAAGUAGAUGGUCUUUUUGUAAUUUUUUUUUGUUUUGUUUUUGUUUUUUUGAAAAAAAUCAACAGUGAUUUAUUGCACAUUUUGGAUACAGUUCAAGAGUUUUUUGUAUCUGCCAAUUAUAAAUUAUAAAUAAAAACUAUA